UGACUGCCUGCCCCUGCCCUGUAGCAAGGAGUUGAUGAAUCAUUUCCUUUUCCAUAUUUUAGUGAAAUUGUGUUGUUCAGAGCUCAUCUAGAGCAUUUUAAUGCUUUGAGCACUUGCACUCUUCACUCUCUUCCUGCAAUUGUCUGAAGGCUGGAUUUUGUUUUUGCAUGCUUCCCAACAGCAGUUGUUACUUGCUCAAAGUGUUGCAGAAUAGCUUAUCUGUGUGCCCCAGCAGGGUGGGACUCACAGAGAUCACAGGCUUUUUACAAUGAGCCAAAGCCAGCCUGCUGACUACAAGGAAAUUUGCUGAGGGUUUCGGCCACGAGUGCCACAUGGGCUUUGCAAAAGGCAGUGAUUGCACUGGUGGGACUCGGCUGGAGUCCGGAGCGGCCACUUCCACUGCCAGGAGACCGGUGAGCAUCGCCUCACCCUGGAAAAUCGCUGCUUGUGUUCCAGUGCUGUGCAUCUCCGCGGUGCUUGUGCUGUGGCCGGCAGGAGCAGCGGGUGCAGUGCUGCUCCUGCACACUUGGGUCGCAGGUAGGCAGUGACCAGAGCCCCGGAGCCGGGAGUGAGCCUGGAGCCGAGCCCCGCUGGGAUGUGAGCUGGGACCGCUCUCUGCACCUGCCCCCUCUGCACCUUCGCUGUGCUUCAGCUGGUUACUGCAAAGCCUGUAGGAGCCCGAGCUCGUUCUGUUCGAGGCUGCGAAUACACCCUUGUGUUCCCGAGGCAAAGAGUAAAAGGAAGGCGCCAAUUCGUCUGUUUUAAUCUUUUGCCUGGAGUCUUUGCAAUGGAUGAUGGAGCAGAGUCUCUGAUGACUGUGCAUCUGCUCACCCAUUUGGGACAGUCAUUUCCUCUGCAGCAGACUCUGGACCGGCUUUUGGACUGGCUGUGCCUGGACAUUCGCCUUUUCUUGGUGUCUGAGCGAAUUCCUCCCCUGAAGUACUACGAGAGAUACCACAAGAGGAGCUGCAGCUUUCCCGGAAUAUCCGUCCUGCUUUUUCUGCACGAGGACUUGGGAGAAGAACGGAUUUUCCAGGUCCACGAGCAAUUCCAGCGCCCUCCCUGGCGGUACCAGCGUGCCCAGUUUGCUAACGGGCAAAGCUCCCCCUAUGCCCCAUCCCACCAGGACUUCUACGGCCUGGAUGAGCAGCUGCCCGUGUGGGGCAUCCGCCGGGUGCGCUGCGGCCCCGAAAUCCUGCGGGUCACCCUCUACUGCAGCUUUGAGAACUACGAGGAUGCGGUGAGGCUCUACGAGAUGAUCCUCCAGAAGGAAGCCACCCUGCAGAAAAGCACUCUGUGUGUCUUCGUGCUGCACGCCACCCCACACGUGGCCGUGCAGCUGUGCCUGAAGCAGCUGCCCAUGGGGGUGACGGCCGAGCCCCCCGACUCGUCAGCCCUGCAGUUCAAGGUGCAGGAAAUCGGGCAGCUGGUGCCCCUCCUGCCCAACCCCUGCGUUCCCAUCAGCAGCACCAGGUGGCAAACUCAGGACUAUGAAGGGAAUACAAUUCUGCUCAAGGUUCAAAGCAGCUCCAGGACCCUUGAAACAAACAUCGGGCUUUGCCAGCAGCGUAACAAGGCAGGCAGUGGAAGAAUCCCGCAGGACUGUAUGCCAGCCCCCCGCCCUGUAAAACACGGCAAUCCUGGGCGGGGAAGCCAGGCUGUCGGAGCUCCGAAGGGUAAACCGCAGCGUGACCCAGGUGAAGCGCCUGUCUCUGAGCAGGGCAGCAGUGACCUCCAGAGGCUCCUGCGCGCCCCGCCCGGUGCCGCGGCAGCCCGGCCGUGCUGGGAGGCGCCGUCGCUCCGCAGGCGGGCGGGCGGGGGGCUGCGGGCUCCUCUGCCGGAGAGCCGCGGGCCCCGGGCCGCCGACACCGACGUGGACACCGGGCUCGCCGUGGGGAGCGCCGGGAGCGGCCGCUGCCCGCCGGGCCGGUUCCCCGGGGCCCCGCGGAGCCGCCUCCUGCCGCGGGCCGCCCCGGGGCUGCGAGCCGGCAGCGGCGGAGCGGCGCACGGGGCUCCGGGCAGCGCCCCGCCAGCACCGCCGGGGACAGCGGGGCACGAGCAGCGCGAGUUCUUCAUAUGA